GCCCGGCUUCCUGCGGCACCAUGAUGCCCGGGGAGACUCACUCCAAAGCUGCAGGGACGGCAGCGGACGCCUCGGGUUGUCAGGGCUGCUCGGCGCUCCAACAGAAUUUAAAUGAAUAUGUUGCUGCAUUAAUCACACUGAAACAAAAAAUAAUUGAUACAGAUAAUUUGCUGACAGAAUAUCAGAAGAAAUGUGAUGAGCUGCAGUUUGCAGAAAGAGAAAACUCUGCACUUCGUAAGCAGGUGGAACAAAUGCUGCAAAAAAUUUCCCCUUUGGAGAAAUGCCAGGAAGAACUGGGAUGUUUGAAAGCAGAGCUAGAAGAGAAAAAGAGUUCUCUCAAGAUAUAUAAGGAUUCCUAUCAUGAAUAUACUCGUGUGAAAGAAGAAUGCCUAAAAAGUGAUGCUCGGAAGAAGAAACUAGAAGCCAAAGUGAAAAAGCUUGAAGAGGCUGCAGUAAAACACACCGAAGACUUAAAGCAAUUGAAAAUUGAAAAGAAAACUCUUGAAAAAGAGCUCAAGAAGACACAGGAAAAACUGGAGGAAUUUCCUAAACAAAAUAACAAGAAAGUGUUAAAACAUAUGGGGACCCAGAGUUCCAGUACUGAGCCAAUUGAAACCCUAGACAAGAGAAAAAUAAAACUGCUUUUGAAGGAGCUCUGGCUGUGCAUUGACUCUACAAAAGAAAGGCUACAGAAUGAAGACAAUGAAAAUGUCCAAGCUUCCUUCAAUGAUUGUUCUGAGAUGACUGAAAAAAAAUCCAUAAAGGAGUACAAGAAAGAAAAGACUGCCAAAGAAAGCACAACAUCUAGAAAAUCUGUUGAAGAUUGUGAAUUGUUACCUCCAGUGCAGACCAAUCACCUCGGACCUCCUGAAGUGAACACUUGCCUGACGAGCUUUUCUGUGCGGUUAGAGCAGGAGCUCCUCUCUGGAUGUAGGCUCUCUGAGGAGGAUGGCCCCAUAUCUGUCAGUGUACAGGAUUGCAGUAAUGAUUCUGCUUUUCACGAAGAUAGAAAUCCUGAGGUUUUUGUGCCAAGCAGUGGGGAAGAUGAUAGUUCUGAUUCCUCUGAUCAGGAAGAUCCAGAAGAUAAACCACUCAUGAAGGAUCUGGAAGCCAUCUUUGACCUCUUCAGACUCCCUCCACCUCUUCUGUCCCCAGUAUCCACACCCCCUCCAACACCAUUAGGAUGUCAGAUAUCAUCAUCAUCUCCACUUGCACCUGAGGACUAUUUUGGAGAUUUUACAGAUUCCAGUGAAGAAGAAUUGGUUGGUAGCACACAUGCUAUGCAAUCUCUUUUAGAAAAUGGUACAACUGAGUCACCAAAUACUUUAAACUCUUCUAGUAUGAAAGAAGAAAGUAGCAGACUUACAGAACAGCCUGAAUCAGAUCUUAGAACCCAAGAUUCAGUGUUUCCGGAAAGGAAUGAAGAAAGAGCUUUUGGAUGUGACAUUUUAACAACAGAAUUAAAAUUUGAGGAUUCAAAAAAAAUAGUUAUGCCUUUUUCAGGUUCUGGCAUAUUAUCCUGUAAAGAGCAUUCUGUAGUGUCAUAUGAGAAUACAGAAGAUGAAAAUAAUUGUGUCUUAGAUAAAGGUGUCUUAACACAAGAUAAUAAGGUAAGGAACAAUGCAUCACUGCAAAGUAAAGAAGCAUCCUUUAGAAUCCACUGUGUACCCUCUGAAAUUGAGAGUUUACAGAAGAUAUCUGACAAUGUAGCACAAGUGACAGAUCAUGCUGUUUUAAAUGAAAAACUAAGUAAUUCUUUGCUUAGCCAGGAAAAGUUAGUUGCAGCAAUUACCUCUGAAGGAAAAAACUCUUUGCCAGGAGCUGAGCCACAAAAUUCAGAAUUUAUUAAACAGGCACCUAUUAGUGGACUCACCUCUGAAAAUGAAAAAACACUCUUGAUCUCUGAAAAUUUCCAAGCAGUCACUGGAGAACUGCCUGGAAAGGAGGCAAAAGAUAUACAAGAGCUUAAUAUACACAAACCUGAGUCUAAGCAAAAUGUACCCAUUGUGAUAGAUACAAGUGAGAUUAAUACAAAGGCAGAUCUUGUAUCCUCUUCUCCCAGUGUUACAUCAUCUAAUUCUAGUAAUCCCAAGUUCUCUGCUGAUUUAGACUGUAAUGAUGUAUCUUGGAAAUUCAAUGGGCAGUGUACAUUAAUUGAAAUUGCAAGUACAGACUUGUUAAAUAAGACUGUUCAUAGUCAACUCCAUUACACAGAACAAAAUGAAAUAAUGCAGAAUAAAACUUCAGAUACCUUAUAUGAGCAGUCUGAACCUACAGAUUAUUCUAAAGGAAAAGACACUGUAGAAAAAAACAUAGAUGCUUUGAGGCCUAAUUCAGCAACAUCCAUGUUUAUUGAUCAAAUCAGCAGUGAGACCAAAUGUUCUGAUGUAUCAAAAGUCACAACUAACAUAUUUGCACUUGAUCAGGCAGCAUUUGUGAAAGACACAGAUGAUGAGCAGUAUGAAAAUGAAAAACCAGGAAUUGAGCUUAAUGAAAUUAAAUCAGAGGAUAUAAUGUCAGCAGAGUCUCAGAGUGACUUGUUAAAGAGAGAUCUUGAUUUAGACAUAGGUGCUUCAUGCCACAAUAAAGAUGUUGGUUUGGUAAUAAAGAAAGAAUAUGAAGGACAUCCAGAAGCUAAACUCCAAUGUGAACAAGAAGAUAAAAAGCAAUUACAAACAGAAAUGCCUAUCAUAAAAAGUAUGCUGUCAUCACCCAAAUUGGAUUCUCAUAGAGAAGAAGUUAAUCCUGUAGAACUUAAAGUUGAAUGUAUUUUAAAUAACCAGAUUUCAAUUAUUCCUGAGCAGCUGGAUUCUGAAGAGCCCCAAGUUACUAACUUGAAGGAUAGUAGAUCUCAUGUUAAAGAGAAGAGUUUAGCAACUGAGAAUACUUACACUGAAAGUGAACAACAUAUACCAUCUGAAACAAAAUGUAUUGAUGAAAAGAAAUCCCACUCACUAAAAAUCAAGGAAAUAGAGAAAAUAAACUGUCUCUCAGCAGAAGACUGUGCUUCCUGGAAAACAUCAGAUUUAAAGUCUUUUAGUGAAUCCUUAUCAGUAGAAAAUUCUUGUUAUGAUGCAAUUAGAAAAUUAGCAGUCAGAUCUGGAGAAAUACCUUUACAGAACCAGAAGGAUAAUGUGUCAGAAGAAGAUAAAAAGCAGGACCUACAAAAUCAAGGUCAUCUUAAAACCAUGAGUGCUAGGGAAGAAUUUAAUCCAUCCACAAAUAUUUCUCUUCCAGAUGAUUUGGCCUCAGAAGAAAUUUUUUCAAGAGAUACUUCCAUAUCAAAUGUUGAAGUCCUAGUUAUACCCUUGGACUCUGGGUCUCUUAGUGCUCAGCAGGUUCAGAAAGAGAAAACUCCUGGGGAUACAUUUUUGAAUCCUUAUGUGAAAGAAGGAUGUGUUUUCUCUUCAUCUAUAAAUAAAAAAGAUGAAAAUGAGACCCAUAUUAGCCUAAAUGUACUUAAUGACAUUGUACAGUGCUAUGUAGACAGCCAAAAAACAAAACAUUCAGAAGAUGAGAAUGCUGGAAUUAGUUAUGAUAGCAAAAGUAAAAAUGAAGUUGAAACUAAAAGUGAAACUAACGAGCAAAGUUUCAUCAAAGAACCACAAACACAUUUAGGAAAAAUUAAUACAGCUAAUAAUACUAAUGCAUAUAUGAAAAGGAGAGGCCUUUUCGAAAUAGAGUAUUUGACAUCAGCCCUAAAAGAUUGUAAUAUAAGUGCUAUUCCUGAGACAAAUGGACUUUCUACAUCAGACAUAUUUAAGCUUCUUGAAAAUAACCAGUCAAUGGAUUAUAGUUCAGGGAACUCUGUUUUGGAAUGUUUUGACGAGGUAGUAACAAAUAAGGAAAUGAAAAAAGAACUAAACCCAGCAAUAAUGUGUGAAGAAAACUUGAAAAAACAUUCUCAAAUAAAAACUGAGGUUCCCAAAGAGUCAGAUGAUUCAGAGGAAGAUUAUCCUUUAAGAAAGGUUAAGUAUGCAAGUCAGUUUACCCAUUGCUCACUGGGGGAAACCACUAAGACUUAUGCCAAAGAUGUGCCAGAAAUUCAAAACAAUUGCAAGGAUCUUCAUGCUUCAUCUACUGGCAUCUCCCCAUUUCUGAACACCUAUAAUAACAGUGUCGUAACUGGACAUUUGAAAGAAAAAUCUUUGUUUUGCAAAAUAACUAAAUGUUCAUCAGACACACAAGUAUCAUCAUUGAUUCUAAAUUUUGAUCCUGAAAGGAAGUCCUGUACUGAUAGGUUUAUUAAUGAAAUCUCUCAAAAAGGAGAGCAUAAAGAGUAUGCAGUUGAGGGAAGAAAUGAUAAUAAAGAUACCUUGUUAAAAUCUGUAGAGAUGAGAAAUGAGACAGUUGGAAAAUUUAUAAUUGAAGAAAAUACUAGCAAUUCAGAAGGAGCAGUGUUACUCCAUCAUAUAUCUAGGAUGAAUUCAGAAACUGUGAAUGGAUAUGGAAAAAAUGGUAAGUUGAAUUUAAAUAUCAAAGAAUCUGAUGAUUGGAAGAUUAUAAAGGAUGAAAAUCUCGAGUCAAGAACAGACCAAAUUGUGGCGCAUGAAGUUCCUGAGGCAUUCUCUGGAGUGCAAAAUGUUCUUCCUGGAGAUACCUUAGAAGUCAAUGUACUUGAUCCAAUUGCAUCUCCUAAGUAUACUCCAAACAUUGAACGGGACCAGAGUGAUCUCCCAUCUAAUGAAUGUCAUUAUGAUGACUAUCCUUCAUCGAGACAGAAAGCUAAUUCAAACAGUGGACAAAAUAGCAUCUUUGAUAAAAAGAGUUUGUGGAAUUCAUCUAUGUCUGAUGCAAGUUUUGACUCUCAAGGAAAUAAUGAGGUUUCAGAAUCACCAAAUACUUCCUUUGAUAGCACACAUGAUAAUAUAGAACUUGAGCCAUUUGUUGAUUUGGUUAAUCAAAGUAAGAGUAGAUCAAAAACCUCCAACCAAGAACUGUCAGAUAACGUAACAAAGACUUUAGCGAAAUCUAAAGUUAAAGUUAGCCAGGGCAAAGUUCUUCGAAAGUCUUCUAGAGUAAAAUGCAAGGCAAAAACUCAAAAGAAUCAUUUAGCUCAGACAGUUUUGGCAACUGCUGAUACUUCUACACCAACAAAAUGUUCUCCUGAUACUUUGAGUAAAAUAAGGCAAGAGAUGGGGCCACCUUUGCCCCCUUUGCUUGCACCUCUGCUAGCAACACCACCAAGGACUCUUCAUCCAGUUUCCCCUCUAAUGUCAACCUCUAGUCAGUCUUCUCUAACCUCACCACUUGAUGAUCUGAUUUCUCCAUUGCGUGAUACUCCAGUCCCUCCACUGAUGUCUCCACUAUCUGAUGAUCCACGAUACAAAUCUCCUCUGCAUAGUACUCCAUCUCCUUCAGAUGCACUGGCCAGUCAGAGAAUCUUAUCAUCUCCAUUGCAAUUUUGUGCUGCCACACCAAAGCAUGCACUUCCUGUGCCUGGAAGGCUUCCUCCAUUGGCAGUUGGCAAUACCGCAUUAGGAGGACCCCAGGAGAACUCUGUAAAAAUCCUUGAUACCAUGUAUCCCGAACUAUCUGCCAGAGCAAGGACACUUAACAUUCUCAAAGGGAAUAUUCAGCUAAAUAGGUGUCCCCCAUCAGACUGUAAGAAUUUACCAGGGCCUGUGAAUCACAUUACAGGAUUCAAAGCAAUCACUUCUACAUCAACUGCUUUUGUUAAAACAGGAAGCAGUUCCAGUACUGAGUGUGAUCAAGGUAAACUAAAAGAUUCUGGGACUGAACUGAUGAGUUUCCAGAGUCCCAGUGGGAAAAGACCAUUAGUGCCAUCAUCUAUCUUAAGGAGCGCCAAGAGGUUACGUUUAGACAGUGAGUCACCAAAAUUGGAGAUUAAGGUAGAUGUACCAGAAAUUAUCAAGAUGCCCCACACAAGUUCUCCUCAAACUGGAAAUGAAAUAAUACUUGAUGACGAGAUUUCUUCUGUUCAGGAACCAACAGACAACUCUGUUAUAGAAUCAUCUUUAGCUUUACAGGACCAUAAAGAGCCACAUGAUAAGACUGUGACCAGUGCCCUGAAAAAGAUUGCUGAAUCACCUUUUGAUUUGUUACCUGUCAUUCGAAGUCAUGUACAUGUGGGAAAUGUUUCCAAAAAGCCAGUGAUGAGGGAUCAAGAGAAAGAAGUCAUCUGUGAAUUUAGUACCACAAAGAAGCACUUGGCACAGUCCUUGCUUCAUGUUAUUCUCUCCGAAUUGAAAAUUCACAAGACAUCUUUGGAUCACACCUACAUUCAUGCUCUCUGCAGAGUGUAUGUAGGAAUAUGUCGGCAACUUGGAGACUUGGAAAGAGCCCGACUAUUUUGCUAUGACUUACUUAAGGAAGAUUUUCCAGAGUCUGAUAAAUUAACUUUAUUUAUUGCAAACGUAUGGCAUGAUAUAUUUGCCUUCCAAGGAGUAAUUAAUAAAGCAAUGCAGCUGGUUGCCCGGCAACGUGCUAAAGGAGAAGUUUUGAACUGUUUGAUCACAUAUCUCAAUUGGGAAAAGUCUUCCUCCUUGGAUGUUAGUAUGAUGAUCUCCAAGCUGCUUUUGACAAUACAACUAUAUCCUAAAAUGGAAUUUCACUUAAGUGAGAGAUUUGGUGAAGAUCUAAGUGAUGACAUGUGGGAAUAUAUAUUUGCCCUUGAUCUGCUCUGCUGUCAUCAGAAAUGGGUUUGGACACAUGAUAAUAUUAUAAGUAAAGAACUCUGGCCUGUCAUGGAUAAGUGGAUAAAGCACAGAAAAGGACAUUUGAACAUUGCAUACACUCCAGAUAUUAUUGUAGCAUUGAUACUAAGGCUAAUUGCUUAUGAAAUCCUGCCUCUUCCAGCAAGCAUUCACAAAUGGAAAAGAGGUCGUUUAGGCCAACUAGGUUUGAAGGAAGGAUUUUCUUCUGCUGUGAAAAAUAUCAGUUCUGUGAUUUGUAUGUUCAUACAACAUUCAAAUGAAGAAGAUGUACCCUGGGGUAUUCAGUUAGCAGCUGUAUAUGCUCUUUGUGAUUUGAGUCCCAGCAAUCCUGCAGAAGUGUCCAAGGUACUAGAAAAUUGGACAAGAGUGACCACAAAGAAUAUCCCAUCUGCUGUUAUGAGCUGCUUAGCCGAAGUCAACUUGUUGUGUGCAGGAGAGCUCAGCUAAACUCCUGGGGAGAAAGACACUGCAUCUGUCCAAGUGCCUUUUUGUCUUUAUCAGAAGAGUCAGUCAAUACAGUUCAGAAAUGAUGAAAGCAAUAACAGCGAAGCCAGGCAAAAGACAGAGACAUUCCUUAUUGUUUUAGGCAAAAAGAAAAGGAGGAAUGACUUACUCUAGAAGGCUUGUCCUUCACAAAAUUGUCAUAUUAUCGAAUAUACAUUUCAUAUUAGCCUGACAUGUUUUAAAUGAUGAUGGGUUGAAAUAUUGUAUUAUGAUCAGAUAACAAAAACUUGAACCUUGCCCUUUUUGCUGCAGAAAGUAUCUUUUUUAGUGUUGGCUUUUAAAAAAUAUAUAUGUGGCAUUUUAAAUUUAAUCUAACAAAAUAAAAAUGCUAUUGGUUCUUGAACCAUAACAGUUUCUGGACUAUGCACUCAAGACUAGAAAAUUGUAUAGCUGAAAAAGACUUGUAUAGCAAAGUCUUCCGUUACUAAGCCUAGGGAUGGGCUACAAAACUGUGUUUUUUGUUUUUAGUGGGCUUCUGGAAAGAAUAAAAGACAGGGCCCUUGCCAGAAAUUCAUUUUAACUUAUUUUCUCCUCAUUUGUAAACUUCAGUAAAACUGUUUGAUUUCAUCUUAUUGUAGCAGGAAAAGGGCAUCUAAGAAGUAAAAACUGAGCUCUAAAUGCAGUUUUAUGUAUCAAUUACAUGUAUAUAAAAGAUUCAGAGAUAACCAACCAGUCUCUGUGUAUGUUUUGUAUGUACAGUAUAAUGCUAUAAUGUGUUUCACAUUUGAUGAUGUUCCACUUUGGGAAUUUUAGUGUUUGUAUAUAGAAAAGGGGUUUAAUAACUCACCAUGGUUCUGAUUUGUCUUGUAUUCAUCAUUUCUUAAAAUGCCUGUAUAUGUAUAUGUUCUUUGAUGUUUUUAUAAUAAAAAUAAA